AUGCCUCGAGAAUCAAUGGCCAGAAAUCGGAUUUCCGAUCACCUGCUGACGAUGCCUCAACUCCUCCAGGCCCUCCGCCGGUCCAUCAAGGGCGAAAAGGACAACGCCAAAAUCAACAUCGCUCCUAAGUCCGCUGUUGCGAUAGUCCCCCCGAAAAAGGUUAUCCGAGCCCUAUACGACUAUGAAGCCCAGUCCAACCAAGAACUGAGCUUCUCCCGAGGUGACUUCUUCCACGUCAUCGGCAGAGAGAACGACCCCGACUGGUACGAAGCUUGCAACCCUGCCCUGCCCGACGCCCGUGGUCUCGUACCUGUUGCCUUUUUCCAAGCCUUGGGUCGAACAGAGAGAGAUAGUGGCCAGUCAGACGGUGGUGCCAUUCCCAGACCGCCUACCAUGUCCCCAACCAUCUCCAAGAACCCCGAUCACGAUUCCGGCUACGCUGAGGCCGCGCCGCCCCCAGGAGCCAUGCAGUCACCGCCUGCGAUGCAACGCAUGUCCAGAUCUGCUGGCAAGGGAUCCGGUGCAAUGGUUUACGGUAUUGUCAUGUACGAUUUUGUCGCAGAGCGUGCCGAUGAGCUGGAGGCCAAAGCUGGCGAAGCAAUCAUUGUCAUUGCCCAAUCCAACCCCGAAUGGUUUGUUGCCAAGCCCAUUGGCAGACUCGGCGGACCAGGUCUAAUUCCUGUGUCGUUUGUUGAGAUCCGCGACAUGGCGACCGAUUCCGCUGUUGGCAACGCUUCCGAUGCCAUCAAGAAAGCAGGUAUCCCUAAAGUCGAGGAGUGGAAAAAGAUGGCGGCCGACUACAAGAACAGCAGCAUCACGUUAGGCAAGUUCGACAGCGGCGCGCCGCAACAAGGAUCCCUGGAGCAAGGCAUGGAACGCAUGAGCAUCCAACAAGGGCAACACAGGGCUUCUCAAAACGGCAACUAUUCACAACAACAGCAACACGCCAGCUACCAGCAGCCGCGGACCUCUCAACAGGCCGCGCAGCCGACCGCCCCCUACAUCAAGUCUGCCGACCAACUUUACGCCCCCAUUUCUGCUCGCAUUCCCAGGUACUGUUUCGCCGAAGACAAGUACUGGUUCGUUAUCGAAGCUGUAUUGGAGGAUGGCCGCCAUUGGGAGCUGUCCAGAUACUACGAGGACUUUUACGACUUCCAAAUCGCUCUGCUUACCGAGUUCCCCGCCGAGGCAGGCAACACCGGCACGCAAAAACGCACCCUGCCGUACAUGCCAGGUCCUGUCAACUACGUCACCGACGCCAUUACCGAAGGUCGCUUGCACAACCUGGAUGCUUACGUAAAGAACCUGCUUGCUCAGCCAGCAUACAUCGCGAGGUGUACACUGGUCAGGCAAUUUUUUGCUCCUAGAGAGGGAGACUAUGAGAUGGAUCCAAACGCACCCAUCGAUGAUGAAUAUAGACUAUCAGGCGGCUCACAGCCUUCGUCGACCGACUCCCCCGCAGACGGUGCGUCACGGCAGUCUUCGAGAAACAACCUAAACGGAAACGGCUACUCGGGUCUUUCCGCUGCACCACAACAAAGAUCUAUGGGUCAGCCGGGCAUGACUCGACAGCCGUCUUCAUUGUCCCAGCCGUCCCAACCAUCGAUCUCUCCCGGCGUCGGCCAAGUCCAGGCCAUGAAAAUUAAGCUUUACUUUAAUGGUGACCUCAUCGCCAUUCGUGUGCCGACAGACAUCUCAUUCCAACAACUUUACGACAAGAUCAGGGAUAGGCUCAAGAUCCCCGUGGGCGAGGAGAUUCAACUCUUCUACAAGGACGAGCCAACUGGCGAAAAGCCAAACCUGAUGAGCGACAACGAUCUUGACGUUGCUCUGCAAAGGAACGAGAAGCUUCUGCUAUACGUCGAGCAGGUAUAA